GCCUUGGCGGAAGGGAUUGAACAGGAGCAGAAAGCGAAACAGGUGGCGAUGGCGUUGCAAGCAGUGCACUUGGAGGCGGACGCCUUCCUGGUCUGCAUGGUCCACGCUCUGAGCUCUGAGCAAGAAGAGGUCAUGGGCCUCUGCCUCGGUGAGGUCGGGGCCAGCCGAAUUGCUCACAUUCGCUCGGUGAUCAUUCUGCUCCGCUCAGAUAAGAGGAAAGAUCGUGUGGAGAUUUCUCCGGAGCAGCUCUCGGCUGCUUCGAUGGAAGCGGAGAGGUUGGCUAAGGUCACGGGAGAGCCCACGAGGGUUGUGGGCUGGUAUCUCACCCAUCCCCACAUAACCGUUUGGCCAUCGCACAUCGAUCUCUGCACGCAAGCCAUGUAUCAGAUGUUGGACAGAGAUUUUGUGGGGCUGAUCUUCUCCUGUUUCAGCGACGACAAGAGCACAAAGACGGGCCAGGUUGUCUUCACCUGCUUCCAGUCCCUUCAAGCCCCAGAGAGCUCCUGCGAAUCUGAAAGGGUUGAAAUUCCUGUUCACCUGAUUCCUCGCAGCACCGUGGGGAAAGCGUGCCUUGAGUCCAUGAUGGAGUUCCCCAGGAUCUUGCAUCAAGAGGAGCAGGAUGCCUUCAAGAAAAUCCAUAGCCUUUCUCACCUGGAUCCUAUCGCCAAGAUCCACAAUGGAUCGGUGUUCACUAAGAAGCUGUGCAGCCAGAUGUUGGUCAUCGGUGGUCCUCUGAUGCAGUGGCUGGAGGGUCGCUUGAAGAGAAACCAAGACAGGCUGCAGGAACUGCAACAGGAGAAAGAGAAACUUCUGGAGGAACUCGCUGCCCUGGAGAGAGAAGAACAAUCUCAUGGCCUGAGAAAUGAAGCAACAGCCCCAGGAUUGUAAGCUUGGCUUCAUCCUGCUUUGCUGCUUCUCCAUCCCUUAAGCUCACCACAUGAAACAUUUGUUUAGCAGAGUUGUUGUUUACUGCACACACACACAAACAUGCACCUCAUAUACCAUAGCUGCCAAGUCUCCCGUUUUCGCCAGGAAAUCCCCGUUUUUCCAGCUGUUCCUAGCUGAAAAAACGGAUUUUUUUUUGUUUUCCCCCGGUUUAUUCUGGCGCGGCGGCCAUUUUGGAAC